AUGGCGUGCGACGUCUGCUAUCAUCGAAAAGUGCGUUGCGACCUGGAUGCUGGCGUCCCUUGUGUAGCCUGCAUCAACAGUGGCAAACAAUGCACUUUUAUCGUGGCAGAAGAACACAAGGUGAAAAGAAGAGCGAGAAAAGUGCGACUCAAGAACACAUCCCAUGGCGACUCUGAAACUGGAGUGGUCACAAAGGUUGCGAGACCCUCGAGCGAGAAGAUUUCUCAGCAUUCACACAACAAUGAUCCUGGCACAUCUUCGUUGAUUGCCGCUAGAGAUGGCCCAAUGCAACCAACGGUGCCGACAGAAGCUGAUAUUGUCGAGGAUACACUGGCAAAAACGGCUCUUACUAGGUUUUAUCAUCAUGGUAUCAAUAAGACUGAUUGGACGGUCUUCACAGAAAAAGGCUACACCCGAAUCGCGUAUAUUGGCACCCAAGUUUCCAACCUUGCCAAUCUCGUCCAAGAAGAAGCCCAUUUCACCGGAUCAACAAAGACAUCUCUACACCUCCCAUUCCCCUCCAUACGUCCUACCAUGCCCUGGAAACCAACCAAGACAAUGUCCUCGGUCAAAUGGCACACUUCCUCCUUCGCAGAUGACAUAAGUGCUCUUCCAGCAAAGGAUGUCCGAGACGAUUUGGUCGAAUCCUUCUUCACCAAAAUCCAUCCUGGCUUUCCCGUGAUUGAUGAAUCGGAAUUUCGACGCCAGUACCAAGACCCAGAUAACCCUCCACCCCUUUUGCUUCUCCAGUCGGUCCUCCUCGCCGGUGCACAUGUCAGUAACCACCCUAAGAUUAUGUCGUCUAGAGCCUUGGUGAAAAUAGUCAUCUUCAGGCGAGCAAAAGCUCUGUUUGACAUGCACUACGAGAAUGAUCGCAUGAACCUGGUCCAGGCGGCUCUCCUCUUUAUGUGGCAUUUCGAAGGCGCCGACGAUGUCAGCUCAAAUGCUUAUCACUGGAUUGGUGUGGCUUGCCGCAUCGCAUUCGGUCUGGGAAUGCACCGGAACCUUUCCUCGAGAGCGUCCGGCUUGAUGCCUCUGGACGAGAGGAGAAUCUAUCGCAGAGUAUGGUGGACACUCUAUCAAAUCGAGAUUCUCGUGAGCCUUCAGCAUGGACGACCUUGCAUGAUCCAGCCAGAUGAGAUCGACCAAGAUCCCUUAACUCAAGAUGAUUUUGUGGAACAAAACGGUCAAUUGAACAGCAAUAUCAACAUCGAUUAUUGCAUUCAGAAUGUGUCCUUGUGCACCAUAAUUCUCUCAAUUAUUAAAAUGUUCACACCAGGAUCAAUGAAAAAAUUCCACUCAAAUCCAGACUCUCACCAGACGAUGCAAGAGAAAAUUGACCAGCGGUUGGCCGCUUGGUAUCUCGGUCUCCCUCGAAAGCUGACUGAUUUCCAUUCGGAAAAACCAGACUUCUGGACCCUACAAAUGCACAUUCACUACAAUAUGGCACUACUUCACUCCCACCGACCAAUUGCCCCCCCUCUCUACUCGAUUGAUCUCGCUCGGAGACGCACCUCAAGUGAGGCUUGCCACAGUGCUGCUUCCACAAUAUCCAAAAUCUUCACUGACCUGCUCUCUUCGAAGCAACUUGACCAGUGCUGGUUUACGUCUCUGAUGGCGCUUCUCGCCACCGCCAUUCAGAUCAAUCACGAAGCACGGUCUUCAGCACGUGCUGGGGCCAACAUCCUUGCCAUUCAAGCACAAUCUCGUCUUCAGCGUAUUCUCCCUGUCUUAUCCGCCAUUUCAAACUACUGGUCUAGUGCGGUUGCUGUGCACAAUCUGUAUCAAGAUCUCUUGAAACAAUACAAGCGACAACUCCAAUCCUCGAUCGACAUGGAAGCCUCACAUGCCGAUCCAUUUGAUCUUCCAUCCUAUCAACAGACGCCGUCUAGCACAGCUGGAGAAGCCCUUGAGUCUCUAGAAACUGGCGACUUCUUCAAUGGUGAUUGGCAAGCCUUAUUUGGAGCUGGUCAGGUCGAUAACUCCCCAGAUAUCAAUGUUGAUGGUGUAGAGGAUUGGCUCACAAUGUCUGUUGACCUAUUUGGCGAUGUGACACAAUGA